UAUAAAAAUGUGCUGAAAGGCCGCAUCUCUAACAAACGCAAUGCUGAUUUAUCCAUUUAUUUUGUCAUUAUACCCGUGUAUUUGUGGUGGUGUUGAUCUGUUCUGUAUUAAAAAUGGAUUCAAAUACCUCAACGAUGAAAUAAAUUCGGAACCACAUCUGGAAGAAGCCGUAACACAAACGAAAUGGCUCAAACAAAAAGUAGACCAUUUCAACACGACAGACCAGAGAAACUGGAAAAUGAGAUAUUUUGAAAGAUUGAGUUAUUGGAAAUUAAAUGGUCCAAUUUAUCUAUUUUUGGGAGGAGAAAGUCCCGCUUCUGCGCGAUGGGCGGAAACAGGGAUAAUGUACGAGUUGGCUAAAGAAACAAAUGGUGCCUUGUAUGUUUCGGAGCACAGGUAUUAUGGUGAAAGCAGACCACUGAACGGUACUGAUGCGGAAGCUUUGAAAUAUUUGAGUGCUAGACAGGCUUUAGCAGAUAAUGCUUAUUUGUUGAAAUAUCUCAAACGUUUUUCUAAUUACAAAAGGUCUAAGGUUGUUGUCGUCGGAGGAUCAUAUUCUGGCAACUUAGCAGCGUGGAUGAAAUUAUUAUAUCCUGGUUUAGUUGACGCGGCCAUUGCGAGCAGCGGACCUAUUUUAGCGAAAACAGACUUCUAUGAAUACCUUGAAAAAGUAAGUGACAACUAUGAACAGUAUGGUACAAAAAAAUGUUUACGUACGAUUAAAAAAAUAUUUAAGAGAUACGACAAGCUAAUGCAAAGCUCUGAGGGGAUUAAAAUAUUAAAGAAUGAACAGAAUAUUUGUGAAAAGUGUGAUAUGACUGUGCCAGAAAAUCAGUACCUAUUCUUCAGCUAUAAAGUAGGUGAAUUCAUGAGUGUCUCCCAAUAUGGUACUACUGAACGAAUAAAAAGUCAUUGUAAAAGUUUACAAAAUGAAUCAAUACCUAGGAUACCUCUGGAAGAGUCUGCACGGAACAACUGCACUUGCUAUGAUUUCGAUGAAAUGAUCGAAGGUUUUUAUACGGAGGGAAAUGAAUGGAUUAUAUCGUGGAUGUAUCAAACUUGUAAUGAGUUGGGGUUAUUUGCAACUACGUCAUCAGAUGAGCAACCUUUCACAAAUAAUAUGCCUCUAAAGUUCAAUAUUAAAAUGUGUCAUAAAUUGUUCGGUCCAGACUUUGAUGAAGAGAGAGUGAAUAGAGGUGUUGCAGCAGUUAAUGAUUUGUAUGGAGCAUUAAACCCAAACGUUACUAAUGUAGUUUUUUCAAAUGGUGACUUGGAUCCGUGGAGCACCCUUAGCAUUCUGGAAGACCUCUCAUACGAUGCACCAGCGAUAGUAAUUCCUAGAGCUUCGCAUUGUAGGGAUUUGUAUUCUAAUAGAGACGGCGAUAUUGAGGAAUUUAAAGAGGCUAGGAAGGACAUAAAAAAUUUAGUUAAAAAAUGGAUAGGAGCUAAAUUGGAGACUUGA